CCCCGCCUGAAGCGCUUCCGCCGGCGGCAAGAUGGCGGCGCUGCUGUGGCGGCUGGGCCGGGCCUCGUGCCGCCCCCGCGCCGCCCGCCCGGCCCUGGCGGCCGCCGCCGCCGUUUGGUCGCCGCCGUUCCGCCCCGCCGCCGUUCCUCCGGGCCCACGGCGGCCGCUGAGCUUCUCGGCGGCCGAGCUGGUGCGCGCCGCGCCCGGGCGGCUGCGGCCAUACCUGCGCCUCAUGCGCCUGCACCAGCCCGCCGGGACGUGGCUGCUGUACCUGCCCUGCGCCUGGAGCAUCGGGCUGGCGGCCGAGCCGGGCUGCCUGCCCGACUGGCAGACGCUGGCCCUCUUCGGCGCCGGGGCCGUGCUCAUGCGUGGGGCCGGCUGCACCAUCAACGACAUGUGGGACCGCGACUACGACAAGAAGGUUGCAAGGACAGCAAGCAGACCCCUGGCAGCUGGAGAAAUCUCCACUUUUCAGUCCUUCAUUUUUCUCGGGGGACAGCUCAGCCUGGCUCUCUGUGUGCUUCUGUGUCUGAAUUACUACAGUAUCGUUCUGGGAGCAGCCUCCUUGUCUCUUGUGGUCUCCUACCCUCUGAUGAAGAGAAUCACGUAUUGGCCACAGUUAGUUUUGGGACUUACUUUUAACUGGGGAGCCCUUCUUGGGUGGUCUGCCAUCCAAGGGUCCUGCGACUGGUCCGUGUGUUUGCCCUUGUACCUGGCUGGAGUCAUGUGGACGCUGGUGUACGACACCAUCUACGCGCACCAGGACAAGAGGGAUGACAUCCUUAUCGGCGUGAAGUCCACGGCGUUACAGUUCAAGGAAGAUACAAAGCGGUGGCUCGGUGGCUUCAGCAUGGCAAUGCUUGUGGGCUUGUGCGUGGCGGGGAUGAAUUGUAACCAGACUUUCCCUUACUACUCAGCCGUGGCUGCCGUGGGCGCUCACCUAGCACACCAGAUUUACACUUUGGACAUAGACAAGCCUGAAGACUGCUGGAAGAAAUUUGCUUCGAAUCGUACUGUAGGAGUUCUGCUCUUCGUAGGGAUCGUGCUUGGAAAUCUCUGUAAAAGACAAGAGUCAAAAACUGUACAAGAGCCUGUAGAAAGCAGGUAGUCGAAAUUGUUAAUGAUGGUGAUGUUUUAGUCUGGCUCAAAUGAAUAUUCUCCAAGAGGGGAAAACACUUUUAACGUGACUCUUUGUGGUUUAUCCUAUUUAUUUAUAAAAGUUGGUGAAAAUGUUCUUCUUUUUUUUUCUUAAAAAAAGAACAAACAAAAAACAAAGCCAAGCAAAUCCUUGUUUUUGACUGUCUUACAAUGUAAGCUGUGAUUACUCAUGAAUGAAGCAAGUGAAGCUUCUCUGUUGGUCCUAUGUAGUACAAGGAAACUCCUGACUGGCUCUCAAGAAGCGAGCCCAGCAUUUUAUACAGAGCAAGACAGAUGUCUCUUAGUGACAGGACUUGGGAAAAUGCAAAAAGAUUUCAGCAUGUAAAUAAAAUCUGGCUGUACA